ACUGCGCAUGUGUAGUAAACCAACAAAAUGGCGGACGAGAAGAAGGAGAUGCAAAAACUCACCUUUGAAGAAGUAAAAGACCACAAUAAAGCCGGGAAAUGCUGGGUCGUUAUACAUGAUAACGUUUACGAUGUAACGAAAUUUCUAGACGAGCAUCCAGGAGGUGAAGAGGUUCUUUUAGAACAAGCAGGUGGGGAUGCAACUGAAAGCUUUGAAGAUGUUGGUCAUUCGUCUGAUGCUAGGGAUUUAAUGAAGGAUUAUCAUAUAGGAGAAUUGGUUGAGGAAGAUAAAAGAGAUAAUGUACCGUCUAAAAAACCAAAUUAUGGAGACGAGACAAAAAAGGAAAGUGGCUCAUCAUGGUUAUCAAUUCUCCUGCCCGCUGCCAUCGUUGUUACCAUCGCUAUGAUUUCCUACAAGUUGUUCAUGUGAAGAUUCAAACCCACGAUUACAAAACAAAUGUUUCUUGUCCUUCUGCUCGUCAUGCAAAAGACAUUGAACUUACUCAUUCCUCUGCCUGAUUCUUACAAUUAAAAACAAAAUUUCUCUUCUUAAA